AAAAAGAAAAAGCAAAACGGAAGCAGCAGCAGCAGCAGCAGAGGGGAGGAGAAGAGGAGCCCUCGCGGCGGCGGAGGAGGGAGGAGGGGGAUGCCGGCGGAGGGGACGCGGGUGGCGGGGCUGCGGGCGCGCGAGGACGGGCGCCUCCCGCCCAGGCGCUUCGCCGCCGCCGUCAUGGCCUCCGAGGACUUUGUGCAUUCGCUGGGCAUCCAGAGGAGGCUGCGGAAGCACAAGCGUACCGUCAACACCGUAAGCUUCAACAGCAGCGGGAGCUUGCUCCUGUCUGCUUCAAACGACGAGACCGCCAUGCUGUGGAGCACGGAAGAGGCGGCGCCGGCACUGAUGUUCCACACCGGCCACCGUAGUGAUGUGCUGCACGCGCAGUUCAUGCCCUUAUCGCACGACCGGAGCAUCGUCACCUGCGGCGCUGAUGCGGAGGUAAGGCAUUCGCACGUGCAACAAGGGGGGUCGGUGUUGACGGAUAAGCUUGCGAACCUGAGGUGCAUGGUGCACCAGCUUGCUGUUGAACCUGGCAGUCCUCACAAGUUCUUUAGCUGCGUGGUUGAUGGCUCCGUUUGGCAUUUUGACCUGAGGGAGAAACAUCCCAGGAAGCUCUUUAGGUGUGGUGCGGUUAGAAGGUUUGAUUACUUAUCAGGUGAUACCAUGUACCUCUGUGCCAUUGCCGUAGACCCAAGAAACCACUCUUGUUUUGCAGUUGCCGGAGGUGAUGAGUACGUACGGUUGUAUGAUGCCCGUAAGAUUGAAAUGGAAAGGUCUAAAUUUGGCCUCCCGGUUGAGCAAUUCUGCCCUCAACAUUUGGUUUCCGAGAAGGGAGAUGUGAUCACUGGUUUGGCUUACUCACAGACCGGCGAGCUUUUAGCAUCCUAUCGUAACGACAGCAUCUACCUUUUCGAGAGAGAGCAUGGGUUGUACUUCAACGAUUUUGACGAAUUUCACAGUGAGAAGUUACCUGUACCUCGGAGCUUCAAGGGACACCUGAACAUGCAAGUUCUUAAAGGUGUUAGCUUCCUUGGUCCCAACUGUGAGUAUGUUUCCUCUGGAUCAGACUGUGGCCAUGUAUUUAUUUGGAGAAAGAAGGAUGGGGAGCUUAUCCGAAUGUUGAAAGGAGAUACACAGAGUGUGAACUGCGUUGAACAACACCCUCAUGAGAUUGUUAUUGCAAGUUGUGGCACCAAUACAGACAUCAAGAUUUGGGCACCUGGUGAUAGUGAGAACCCCUCCACUGCUCCCCUUGAUGAGGACUCUGUUGACGAAGGUGACUAUAUGUUAUCCGCGCGUUAUGAUUCAUCGUCUGAUGAGGAUGGGGAUGAGGAUGGGGAUGAUGAUGAUGAUGAUGAAGAGGAUGACGACGACAACGACGAUUAUGAUGAAGAUGAGGACGAUGACGAAAUUUGGACAGACAUAGAGUUGCAGAUGGGGAGAAACUUACCCUUGCCGUUUGUGAAUUGAGUCAGUCGAGCGUUUGAAAAAAGAAUGGAAUUAUUUCUAUCUAAGAGGUGUUUCUAGGGAAUCUAUAAGAGUUGUUCUUGGUUUCCUGCUUGUGUGAUUGGUUAGGUUGUGUACUGUUAGGUAACCAUCAAGUGCUUCCUCUUCACUCUCUAGCAGCUCCAUUUUUGUAUAUACUAGAUGACUCGUUGCGCCGAUGGCACAAAGAGCGAGUUCAAACCAAGCACUGAUAGAGUGAGCAUAAAAAUAUGUAGAUACCCAUUAGAGCAUAUGGAUUUUUUUGCA